AUGUUUAGUAAGAAAUGGGUUAACAUAUUUAGUGAUUGCAUAGCGUUUACUGGAGACAAAUGGGAGUUGCUAGAAUAAGACACAAUUGGCUUUUUGGCUGGAAAUUGUUUAGAUACUUUAUGUAAGUGGAAUCUAGAAAACAACAGCAAGACCUUUGUGCAUUCUUAGAGAUAGGGAUUCUAAUGUUUUACAGUUCAUUACAGGAAAAACAUAUUGGUUGUAGCAGAAUAUGGACUUAACCCAUUAGUUCAUGUUUAUGAUAAUGAAAAUGAAUAUGACUUGGUUGGAGUGAGUCCAUUGGAAAUACUCUAAAUGGAAGUAUCAAAUUGUGGACGAUAUUUGUUGGUGAUUUUGGGAGUGCCAAAAUUUGAAAUCUGUUUAUGGGAUCUAAAAGAGAAGUGCAGAGUCAAAGGAAAGUUUAGUUAAUUACCCUUGAAGUUGAAUUUCAUAGAGGCCAAAUUCACAAUCUUAGGUGAGCGAAUUCUAAUUCGAUAUGCAAAUGAAUUGCAAUUAUAUUAAAUUACACCACAUUAUGAUAAUCAAAUUCAGAAAUAAGUCUAAUUAGAAUUGGUGACAUCAAUUGAAUUAUCAGCUCCAACAAUUAUGGUCUAGGAUUACAAUCUAAUUGAUGAUUCAAAAUCACAAUUCGAAUAAAAUAACAUCUAUUUAAUCUAAGGAAACGUAUUGAUUUAUUUAGAUGGAACAAAUUUGAAUGAAAUUGUAAGACACGAAUGCCAUUCAGAAAUAAAGCACUUAAUACCAACGUAAGUCCAUUUGAUUGUUGUAUAUGUUAAUUCAAAAAUUGAAUGGUUGUACAAAUAUAUAACCAAUAACUUGGAAGAUAAAGUGGCUGUACCAUUUAAAGUGAAUAAGAAAUAUAAUUUACAUGAUCACAGAGAAGUUAAAAAAAUAAUGUACAAUCAAUAAUGCACUAAACUGAUUUGCUCAUAAGACAACGCUACUCUCUUUAUAAUCCCUAUUCCUGCAGAAGGCUUUUUGGGAGAAGAUGAAGCCUAAGUUGAUUAACAAGAAGAGGAUAAAGUCAUAGACUUGACUCAUGAAAUUGAACCAGUUAAGUUAGGUCCAUUUUAAAAAGGAGUCAUAACAUUUAUCAGAGAAUACAAAUAGCUUAAUGUGAUUGUAUGUGGAUCAGACUAAGGAGUCGUUUUAUUUAUGGAUGUGAUAACAAAAUUACCUUUGAGGAGCUUUAAUAUUGAAGGCAAAAUAAUUUCUGGAGAAUUGAUAGAACCAAACUUAAUAAUAGGUACAUCAGCAGGAGUAUUAAGAUUUUAUAAUGUUGCUGACAUUCGUUAGCCAGUACUCUUCAAGAUGAUAAAACUUUAUAUUGAUAAAGCUAUAUCGAGUAUUAGUAUUAAUGACAACAAUUUGGCUGUUUGCAGCAGUGAUUCACCAACAGUAUUUUUCUUUUAAAAUGAAAAUUUGAUUGGUUUUGUAGAUCUCCCAUUUAAUUGUCAAGCAAUUGCUUAUGGAAAAGGUUAGUUAUUUUGUAUAUGCUCAUUUUUAUUGUUGAGCUUACCUCAACCAAAAUAAUAAUAGUCUUUGAAAUUGGAAGUGCAAAUAAUGGGAAGAAAGAUAGACCCAGAUUAGACACUCCUGAUAGUUACACCUUAAUAAGAGGUAAUAACAACAGGAAAGGAUAAGAUCUUUAAGAAAUAUAAGUUUCCUGAAGAAUUAUUAUCGAAAAUGGAUUUAAAAAUGAGAGUUGCAAAUUAACCUCCAGUAGAUGAAUAGGAUGGCCAUCAAUUACCGGCUACAUGCUUGGCGAUUAAAGACUUUCUAUACUCUUCCGCAAAGGAUGGCACAAUAAUGUUUAGAAGUUAUCAACAAUUAAAUUAAGAUGUCAGAUUAUUGAGAGGACAUAAUUUGAAAUCUGGUGGUGUCUCUACUAUAUAUGUAUCAUAGAAGUAUAAGAUGAUAUAUUCUGGUGGUUUUGAAGGAGAUAUAUUCUGGUGGACAGGAGAAAAGAUUAGAGGAGAUUCAGAUGCUGCUUAAUUGAUGAAGAAUAAUUACAAUGCUCCUAUAGAAAUUUUGGAUAUGCCCGAUUAGGAAGUCAGAUAUUACUAAUAAGUUUUGGAGAGUGAAUUUCUUGAAUAGUAGGCUCCUAUUAGAGAAUAACAAAAGAAAUAAACAAAAGAUCUACUGAAAUAAAUUCAAACUAAAUUAAAUGCACUUUUACAAGAAAAUGCUGAGGCUGAUGAAUUAGAAAGAUUAUAAAGAGAUGAAUUUGUUAUUGAUUUAUAUGCUCGAGAUGCUAUUCUAGAGGAUGGCAAGAAAUAAUAAUAGGCAUUAAGAGAUUUAGUCAAGAAAGAAAAUGUUAAGCAAGAGAUUCUCUAUUAGUUGAUUAAAGAGAGAACUUGGGAUUAAAUUGAAAUUCCUAUGAAAGGCGUUAAUGGGUUGAUUUAACAUAUCAUUGUUACCAAUUAUCAUAUUAGAGUUAGAUAAUCUGAAGAAAUGAGAAAAUUAAAAUUAAUUAGAGAAUUAAGAAAAUAAGAAAUUAGAGAACUCAAAAUUAGAAAAUAAUAAGCAAAUUAAAGAAGCAUGGAGUAUUGA